CUCUUCUAUAACCCACAACGUCUCUCUCUCUAGCCAUCUAGUUCUACCUGCUACAUCCAAAACUUUCAUUUUCAAACCCAAAAAGAAACCACUUUGUAGUUAGUUUUUAGAUUCAGUUUCUCAGUUGGUCAAUGUCUUUCACAACGACAGUAACAGCAACAAGGAGGCCGAAACGGCUUUACCCACCAGCCCCACCGACCCCAAAGAUCCUCCAUUUGCCACGUAGGCCUCGCCGGAGAACACCCAAGAGCAGCGUCGCCGCCUUUCAUGGAAAACCAGCCCCACCCACUUCGGUGGAGGACAACAAGGGCAAGCUGGUGGCUCUGUUUGACCAAGAACGAGUCUUUUCCAAAGAUGGGUUUCCAAUAGUGCUUGUGGAGACUGAGAGGAGGAGAGAGAGAGUCAGUGAGGAGGAGGGUGGCGGUGCUGACGUGGAGGUGGCGGAAGAGGAGAAGUGGAGGUUUCAGGCGGAGAUGUUGAGGGCAGAGUGCAAUUUGUUGAGGAUGGAGAAGGAGAUUGUGGUGAAGAAGAUGGAGAGGAUCAGAGUUAAAAUGGAGAGGACUCUUAAUUCAGCUGUGCACACUCUUGUUUCUGGGAGAAAAAAGAUUAGUGAAGGAAGGAAUGCAACUAUGGUUUUGGAGGAAGAGAUUCAGCAACUGGUUCAGAAGCUAGAGAAGUUGCAAAGGAAUUUAGGAGCCAAGGGCAUGAAGGUUAGGAAGUCUAGUAACUUGGACAAACAAGCUUGUCUUCUUCAAAGACGGUUAGAGAAGUUUAGAGGAACAUCGGAUGAAAUAUGUGUGAAGGAGAUCCAGGAGAUGGCAGAAGCAAGCUUGUCAAUCAAACCAAGCUAUAGAAGAACUGAUGACAACUUAGUUUCAAGUGGUAAAAGCAAUACCAUGCAGGUGGAGAUUCUGAGAAGGAGAAUGGAGGGGUUGUCAAAUGGGAUGCUAUUAAAGAGGAUGAAGGAGGAGUAUGGUUCAAUGCUUUCUACAGCCAACAACUCUGUUGCCAGUUCUGCCUCCUCGUCCAAGAGAAUCGAAUCCACCGAUUUGUCUUCUUCCUUGGAGAAAGAAUCUCAUGAUGAGAAAGUAUGCUCUGGACGUUGCAAGGCUAUUGUUCGAAGGAUAGUAGAACAAGUACGAGCUGAGACAGAGCAAUGGUCUCAGAUGCAGGAAAUGCUUGGGCAGGUGAGGGAGGAGAUGGAGGAACUGCAGGCCUCUCGAGACUUUUGGGAAGAGCGAGCCCUAGACUCUGAUUAUCACAUCCAGUCCCUGACGUCUACUGUGCAAGAAUGGAGGGAGAAAGCUGUUUCAUCUGAAAGCAAAGCAAGGGGGCUGCAAGAACAAGUAUCAUCACUCCAUGUGGAGCUAAAUAGCUUGAGGAAAGGUGAAAAAACAAAAUUAAAGAAGGAGAAUCGCUCACCUAAUCCCUGGGAUCCGCAGAACGAAAUGGAAAAACGGGUUUUGAUUUGUCACUUGAAGGAAAAUCAUUGUACCAAAGAAUACAGCAGCAAGCAAAGAGAGGCUUUACUUGAGAGUAAGGGAAAACCGGACUCAUGCACCAAUAGAACACCUAUUGCUCCCCAUGCUCUGAAAAUAUCACCAUUUCGAGAUAUUGGAAAUUCCUCAAUGUCAUUGAGGCAACACAGCAGAGCAGUCUUCCCUUUGCAUUGUCCUCUACCUUUCAAAACUUAAGCGCCUGACAUCAGUACCUGGAUUACAUUGGGGCUCGUCAUCCUUCAUAACCAAAUUAACUGUAGGAAGUUUUCCUCUUAUCUAACCUUCUUAACUGUAAU